CUUGAAGUCGAUACCACGACCACGAAUUCGCACCGCGCAACCCUGUAUGUUGUUUUUUCCCUAUCGAAUACUGAGACAGGCGUGCAUAAGUGUUGCAAUUUUUAGGUGAUGUGUUUUUCGGUUUCAUUUCCAAAUGUUACAAUCGUGUUACAGACAAAAGCGAGAAGAUUGUAAAUCUGUUUGGGAGAUUUGAUACGACAUUCAGGAGCAAUCUCUCGUACUUUUUAAAACGUGCCUUGGAUUGGGAGAAAUUAUUUCCUCAGCAUAAAGUGCUGUUCACGAAUUAAUACCAGAUGGUGUUCUUAAAGGUAUAAUCGUAUAAUUCGCCAAGAAAGUGGAAUUCAGGUUUCAUGGUAAUUUCCUUUUUUCCCAUUAUUACUUUUAAAACACAGAUUCCGUUUCACCGAAAUUCAUUUGCCCCUCUCCCCCACUUAUUUAUUUCUAUUUCUGGCCUAACCAUUGCUAAGUCCUUUAAGAACAGUUUAUUGUCAUUGUCAUGUGUUAAUACUGCAAUUUUGUUUCAAGGAUAAGACAAUGAGAUUUAUGUUAUGCUUGAAAGAACAAUGAUAUUUAACUAAUGUUUACUGUCUGGGAUUUGUUUAGAUUUCAUCAAGAUUUAAUAAGGACUUGGAUUACUGAUUUGGAGAAGUCGCAGUUGUUUGAGAAUACGGCCUGCAUAUGUAAUUGAUCAACGCUAUUGUGCAAGUUAUAUUAACAAUGUCAAGUGAUUGCUGCAGUGAUCUCAAGGGCGUACUUCAGCGUUAUAGUCAGUAUUGAACGGCCUCAAAUUUGAAGUAUUAGAUUUCCCCUCAUGCUACAUUCUGUCGCAGUGGUUCUCAAAAUUGUCGAAUUCCCAGGGGUGGGGACUAAACUUCUUGGUAGAUUUAUGUUGAGAGAGGAGGGGGGAGGACUGUGGAUUCCAUGAUGAGGAAUGGUUGGGAAAUACAGGUUUUUAAAUAAUAAACACUUGAGGAAAGAAAGUUAUGUAUCAGAUUUGACACUAAUGCCUAAAUCAAUUAAUUUUGCUGAAAUCGAUUUAUCAAUACGACCAGAUUGCGUGAUAUACCUGCAUUGUCUGGGACGCUAGUAUCGCAUUCAUCGUUUGGAUGCUUCUGGAAAGGCAAGAAAUAAAAUCCAUCAAAUUAUAUUUUUGAUAAAACCUGGUCAGAGAGCGUAAGAACUAACUGGUUAUUACAAACUUAAAUAUUUAUUCCUAAAAGACGUUCAAUUUUGUUUUGUUUUUUUUUAGUUUAACCUUUUGUUUAUACAAAGCUUGUAAUAAAGUUAUAUAGUUUUUUCUUCAGUUUUGCUCGAAAUUUUCUUAUUGAAAAAAAUAAAUUGUCGAAUAUUGUCAUUUUAAAUUCUUUCUCUUCUUUUUUAAGAAGCCAUCUUUCUGCUUUAUAAUGUGUUCACAUUCAUUUGAUACCUUAACAUUUUAUUUUUAAUUUUUGCCACACGCUCUAUUUUCAUAUAUCUAUAUCUUCCUUAUGUCUAUAUUUCAAUGGGUGAGCGAUUGUAUUAGUAUAUAUAUGCAUAUAGAUAGAUAGAUAAAUAUAUUUCCCUUCCUUAUAUAUAUGUUGCGGAUUUAUUCCGUUCACCACGGUUCUACUACUACGGUAAGACCCCGUCAGUUUUUGCGUAGAAAUCCCUAUCAUUGGAGCACGUACUCUCUGACCUAACCAUGUAUAAGAUAUUCAUAAUCGGAGUUGAGGGAGCAAUUCUCAAGAAGUCCUUUAGUUGAGUCGGGCUCUACUCAGCAUGUCCGUCCCAAAAAAAGGAUGUCGAUUAACAGGCGUUUUCCACAAACCAAUUGAAACGUUACCCGGGGCACAGUAUCACCGUGUAGGGGACCCGCGCUGUAAGGCAAAGGUAACGCACGGAGACUGUGUUAGAAAGAGCACGGCUGCAUGGCUCCUGCCAAGUACAGUCGGAAAUAACGCAGAAACAUGGCGGACAUGAUUACAGUUGCCGAGAUGGAUAUGAGGUGAGGGAGCGUGGCGACCCUUGCCGAUGAUUCUAAAUAUGCAGUUUUUGAGGGUACUGCUCCUAGGCAACCUCUUUCUUUCCCAGCUGUGGUGUGAGUUAGUCACAUCACAGAAAACCACGUAAACCCUAUUAGAGGGCGUCUCUUAAACAUCUACGCGUCCACCCACCCCCCAGGUUGGGAAGGGAGGACAUAGAGACGUAAAAUAUAACCACCCUAGUCCCUAGAAAGUCCGACCCGGUUGCUGUGUAAACAGCACCCCUGCCGGGCAGGUGUUCCUUCUCUGAUGCCGCCUCACUCGCAUAGUCAAUCGAGUGGAAGGGUGGGUGUGGCUGUCUCAGGGGCGGAAUGCCUCCUGCGUGCCGCUUCGCGGCCCGACUGGAAUAAAGACCACUAGGGGAGUUGUUGAAGGCCGGUUGGUUUAGCUGGUUAGGGUCCUGGGGAAGACUUUAUGAGCUCUGGCUGGAUAGUUUGCUGAUUUUCUUAAAUAUAGUUAUUUCAGCCGUUAGAGUUCUACUGAGUGAUUGGGGUCUCUAAUCCUGAAAAUAACGUGAGGGAUUCAAGUAGACUGUAAGCCAGUACAAAAAGUAAUAGUUAUUACUACUUGAUUGGGAAAAUGGACUCAGUUCAGGAGCUAGAAGUGAUUAGUGAGUCUAAGACAUUCAUGCCAUUGGCUUGAGAUCCACUGAGCAGUACAAUCUGGGGAUUUUAGUCGUCAGUUAAACGCGCAUGUGCCUAAAUCUGGUGACAAGGUCUUGAUCUUUUAACUAUCGAUGUGAUUGACACUGCACAUAAGGGUACGACCUAACAGAUCUAUAAAAGCCGGUCGUCACCUCGUGGACUAGAAGGCCUUGACAGUUUGGUAAUUAAAUUUUGUUAUCUAGGCACAGCCUCAAACAUCGCAAUUCGUAAGGAUCGCUCGGGAUCAGCUCUAUGAGUUACCUCAUGAUCUAGUCGGUAUGUCAAACGCAGUGUUCAGGAUCAGCUCUAUGAGUUACCUCGUGAUCUAGUUGGUAUGUCAAACGCAGUGUUCAGGAUCAGCUCUAUGAGUUACCUCGUGAUCUAGUCGGUAUGUCAAACGCAGUGUUCAGGAUCAGCUCUAUGAGUUACCUCGUGAUCUAGUCGGUAUGUCAAACGCAGUGUUCAGGAUCAGCUCUAUGAGUUACCUCGUGAUCUAGUCGGUAUGUCAAACGCAGUGUUCAGGAUCAGCUCUAUGAGUUACCUCAUGAUCUAGUCGGUAUGUCAAACGCAGUGUUCAGGAUCAGCUCUAUGAGUUACCUCGUGAUCUAGUCGGUAUGUCAAACGCAGUGUUCAGGAUCAGCUCUAUGAGUUACCUCAUGAUCUAGUCGGUAUGUCAAACGCAGUGUUCAGGAUCAGCUCUAUGAGUUACCUCGUGAUCUAGUCGGUAUGUCAAACGCAGUGUUCAGGAUCAGCUCUAUGAGUUACCUCAUGAUCUAGUCGGUAUGUCAAACGCAGUGUUCAGGAUCAGCUCUAUGAGUUACCUCGUGAUCUAGUCGGUAUGUCAAACGCAGUGUUCAGGAUCAGCUCUAUGAGUUACCUCGUGAUCUAGUUGGUAUGUCAUACGCCGUGUUCUAGUCGGUAUGCAAUACGCAAUGAUCUAGUUUUUUUAAAGUCUAAAUGGACUAAUAGCGGCUAUGCGUACCCGGGUCUCGGCACAGCUUCCUUGUAGGCCCAGUAUUCCUCAAUCUUCCUAAUGCCGCGACCAUUUAAUACAGUUCCUCAUGUUAUGGCGAGGAAAAAAAUUAGCAUAAAAUAAGCUAAAUAUACACUUUGAUAGAUUGACCAUGAUAGCAUAAAAUACACUGAUAGAUUGAUCAUACUAGCACAACAUAAUGUUACGUACUUUUAUCCCUAUGGAGAAAUAAAUCUGUUAUUUAAGUAUAUGGCUCGUUCUACAACAGUACACCACAAAGGAUGAUACCAUAAACUAAAAGCAAAGCAUACGAUACUCAAAACAGACAUAAUUAAUAAUUUUUAAAAAAAUGUGAAUUAUAAAUUACCAAAUCACAAGAAAUAAAUUUAAAGCUAUUGACUUACAGCAUAAUGAUUGGUUUGUACCGGUACAGUGUCUUAGAAGAUACAAUAUUGUAAAAAUGUACAAUGAUGAAAAGGAAUCAAAGUAAAUAAAUCUCUGUCUCGUAUAGCACACGCUCAGAAUAACUCUCGUCUCUGACUCUGACUCCUGUCGCUCGAUCUCUCUGCUUUAUAUAGUCUGUUUCAUAGGUCCUUCUAGAAGUGAUACGCAUUGUAAUCGUUUCCCAAACCAUAUGCAUAAUUCUACAAAAUUCUAAGAACAAAAAGACCAUAGAUUGUAGUUUAUUGUAACCGAGGUCAAAGGGAGACUAUAAUUAAUCAGCCACACCUUAAUACUAGAUGAAUGAAGGUAAACUGGGCCCAUAACAAUACACUGACAGAUUGACCAUACUACCAUAACACACACUUUGAUAACUUGACCAUACUACCAUAACACACACUUUGAUAACUUGACCAUACUACCAUAACACACACUUUGAUAGAAUUACCAUACUAACAUAACAUACACUUUGAUAACUUGACCAUACUACCAUAACACACACUUUGAUAACUUGACCAUACUAGCUUAACAUACACUUUGAUAGAAUUACCAUACUAACAUAACAUACACUUUGAUAACUUGACCGUACUAGCAUAACAUACACUUUAAUAGAUUGACCAUAUUACCAUAACAUACACUUGAUAACUUGACCAUACUAGCAUAACAUACACUUUGAUAGAAUUACCAUACUAACAUAACAUACACUUUGAUAAAUUGACCAUACUAGCAUAACAUACACUUUAAUAGAUUGACCAUAUUACCAUAACAUACACUUUGAUAGAUUGACCAUACUAACAUACUAACAUAGCCUACACUUUGAUAGAUUGACCAUUCUACCAUAAAAUACACUUUGAUAGAUUGACCAUUGUAGCAUGGCAUACACUGAGUAGCCAUUCAUAUUUCACACUUGUUUGGCAACUUGCCGUAGAUUAAUAUGGUCUUAUAAGAAUAUUUUCACUUCUUUAUUGUUUUUUUUUCUCAUUUCCCUUAAACCUUCUAUUCUUAAUGUCAUCUCAUUGCAACAUUCAAGGUCUGAUUUUUAUUACACCUGAAAGUCAUAAAAAUAAAUAUAAGAUUCAUAAAAGAGAAAUGACAAAAGUACAGCUAGCUAAAAAUUAAAAAAACAAAACAACAGAUGAUAACAGUAAAGGCCAACUUGGUUAUGAGCCCCUUGCCUAUGUGAAGAACAUGUGAUUUUAUUGUUUGGCACCCUCCUGAUGUUGGCAACCAGGGCGAGUGCCAACUGCAGCCCAGAGGCGUAGUGAGAGGGGCAGGAAGGACAGAUGUCCCCGGGCGCAAGCUAGUUAGGGGCGCCAAAAUGUGCUUUGAUAUUAAAUUAUUGAUAAAAAUAAUGGGUUUGAGAGUUGAAAAAAAGAAAAGGGGGCACUUUAAAAUGGAUCUUGUCCCCGGGCGCGAAUCUUGUUACCGGGUGCCAAACACCCUCGCUACGACUCUGCUGCAGCCCCCUCCCACUUUUCACAUGGCCUUUAUUUAACAGAUACACCUUUAAUUCACUUGGUUUUGGAAAUUAGACAUUAUUUAAAAAACCGGUAUAUAGAUAUUCAUUUAAUUUUUUAAAGAGAUAAAACUUUUUUUUUAUUUAACCACUCCCCCCCCCAACCACCCCCUUAAAAAUCUUUCACUUUGCAUUACAGAAACUCUAGUAACUGUCAAGCUCCGAUGCAAAAUAAUUCAAUUUAUUAACAGAUUAAGUAAAGGUUUUUAAAAAGUAAGACAUGUGGGGCCCCUGGUUGAGUGUUGUCCACUGGGCUCUGAGUUUCCCGCAAAGCUCUAUCUUCUAUAUAAGGCCCUAAUUUACUUGGUUCCAAUAACAGAUUGAAUUGAUUUGUUUAACCACGGAACCGUUUACACAAUCUGAUACCCGAGGCUUAAAAGAAAGAAACAUUUUUUUUUUUUGCGGUCAACAAAAAAGUUAAUUGCUGGUUAUUCCAAAGUGGGGCCAUAAAUAUUACAGGGACACAUCCCGAGGGGGCCAUCAGACGUGUUGCUUUAAAACGUUGACCGUCUUCGAGGAUAGCCAGGAUAUCAGUGCAUCUGUUUGUACCGUGUGCCGGUGUAGGGUAUGCUGUGUCUGCUUGUACCGUGUGCAGGAGCAGGGUAUGAUUUGUCUUCUUGUACCGUGUACUCGAGCAAGGUACGCUGUGUCUGCUUGUACCGUGUACACGAGUAGGGUAUGAUGCGUCUAUUGUACAGUGUGCACGUUUAGGGUAAUCCUGGCUUGUACAGUGUGCAGUAGUAGGGUAAUGCUGUGUCUGCUUGCAUCCCGUGCACGAGUAGGGCAUGCUGUGUCUGCUUGUACAGUGUGCGGUAGUAGGGUAAUGCUGUGUCUGCUUGUACAGUGUGCAGUAGUAGGGUAAUGCUGUGUCUUCUUGUACAGUGUACAGUAGUAGGGUAAUGAUGUGUCUGCUUGUACAGUGUGCAGUAGUAGGGUAAUGCUGUGUCUGCUUGCAUCCCGUGCACGAGUAGGGCAUGCUGUGGCGCCAUUUCUGUUGUUAGCCUACUGCGGUUAACUCCAGUGGCUCUUCAGUUUCCAAACGCUUAGCUCUGGUUGUUAUUCAGUUUUCAGAGCGUAACUCUGUUGAUUAAUAUGUUUCAAACUUAUAGCUGUAUAAUUUGUGGUCCUCAUCCAGAGCGUCGUGUGCCCUUUUGAGGCCUAUUGUCACUUUUUGGGGUUGACCCUGAAAUUAGAAGUUGGAAGUUCAUUUUUUCUCCUCAUCGCAACUUUGGGGUCCUUAAAUAUCCCCAGGGGUUGCAGACCCCACGCGACGGCUUUAAUCAAAUUGACGGUUUAAAAGUGUGGCAAAACUUCUAAUAACACUUUAUCAUGAAUAAAAGUUUUUUUUUUUUUUAAACAUGUCAUUAGUGUAGGGGUGAUGUAGGGAUGGUGUAGAGGUAAUGUAGAUGUAGUGUAGGGGUCGGUUAGGGUGAUGUAGGGAUGGUGUAGGGGGAGUGUAGAGGUCAGGUAGCGUGAUGUAGGGGUUGGUUAGGGGUGGUGUAAAAUCUUUUAAUAACACUUUUUCAUGAAUAAAAGUUUUUUUUUUUUUUUAAACAUGUCAUUAGUGUAGGGGUGAUGUAGGGAUGGUGUAGAGGUAAUGUAGAUGUAGUGUAGAGGUCGGUUAGGGUGAUGUAGGGAUGGUGUAGAGGUAGUGUAGAGGUCAGUUAGCGUGAUGUAGGGGUUGUUUAGGGGUGGUGUAGGGGUGGUAUAGAGGUGUGAAAAGUGACAGCGGGAAGGUGCAUUUCAAAGGCAUUGUCCAAGACAGUUCCCACCAAAUCUAAAUGAGCUUCUGUCAGGACGGCUGUUCUGAAAGCACGCACCGAGUGACAUUUAUUAUAAAACUUUAGCUAAUAAAUGGGGCUAAAGGCGAGGUGAUAUGGGAAAUAUUUAUUGAAGGUUUUAUUGUAACGUACUUUUAUGUUUGAAACGUUGCUCUCACACAGGGAAAUUUGAUUUCGAAGAUUUUUUUUCUUCUUUUAAACUGGUAAGGUCUAUCCUUUAGGAUGUCACGUGUCCAUGAAAAAUGAGAAGCAGUUUUUGCCUCUAAGAAGAGUGGGCAAUUUGUGUAAAACAUUGCUUGGAGGUCUGAGAUCUCACAUCGUGGAAUACCUACUGUUGUUUAUAUUAACGCAGGGCAUUGGCCGUUAUGCUCAUUGUUACACCUAAUUUUUGGUCUCUUCCUGUACCGCAGGUGAUCUCAGGAGGUGUUUAAACCGGCAGACACGUCGGUCGUCAUGGAGUGGGUAGUGACACAGCAGCUCCACUCCAAGAAAAUUCUGGAUAAAAAAUUGAACGAGAUUAACGCCAGUCAACGCCUGAGUGAGGCGAGACUGGACAGACAGUUGCGCGAACUUGGCCUUGACCUCACGAAGAUCAAACGUUCUUCUGCGGACCUUGACGACAUGCAUGGUGGGUAAUUAGUUUAAAAGGAACCAAUAUCUCUUUUAGGUCAUCUAGUCACCCCAUCAAAAAAAUAAAAAAAUAAAAUGAUGUGAAAUUCAACCCUAUAUGGUGCACUAUUCUUAACAAAUAAAAUCCAAAAAAUCUUUCAAACACAGGUCUCAAAUAGCAUAUAAAUUAAGGUUCUAAAAAUAUCAAAAUAUUACUUUUGUAACAGUGUACCUUUGUCGAUGGAUAACUCAAAUGUUGUCAAAUGGCAACAAAAAAAAAACAAAAACAACACUUUUAAGUUUAAAAAGUUAUGAGAAAUGAGAAAACAAGUUUAAAUGUUAUAAAAACUUUUAAUGAAAGUCUUAAAAUAUAUUUAGGAAAAACAAAAAAAUGUUUCAUGGUAUUUGAAACUUUCUGAAAAAGUUGAGAUUUUUGUGUCAGACGCACAUGCCCAUUAAAUUUGUCUCAUUUUACUCUGACGUAGUCUUUACAGCUAGUCAUUUCGCAACAACCUUUAUGAGGUAGAGACAGAGGAAAGUGGUCGACAUUGUCAGAUCGAAUAGAAAAAAAAAUGGAACUUCAGCAGUGGAAACUCUAUGUUAGAAUAUGUGGCUCAUUUUCUAUUGAGAGUCGAUGUUAUCAAUAAAUGCAAUAGCAAUUAUGAAGAGUUUAGGGGCCUCCAGCUUGGAAAAAUGUCCGAUGUACAAAAGUUUGCAUGAAAACGUUUGAUUCAACAUUUAUCAAUGUUUGUAGUUCUCGAUAUUCUCCGAAGCGGGCAACCUCCACAUAAUACUAAGUCUAUUCUUACUCAAAUCAAAAGAGAAGUGGCUUGAUUUUAAAAUGUCAUCGGAGCUUAUUGUUAGCUAGAGAUUGGGGAAUCCUCAGACGGCAAACCGGCCAGGCUCAGUCACUGCUCUUAAGGAAUCAUUAUUAUCUUAUUUUUCCUGUAUCUGAUAUCUAAGUUGGUCAGUGUUUCCUCUGGUUCCUGAAAAUGUGUUCAAGUUGUACGUAUGCACAAGGCCGGGGUUAAUCUUUAGUCAUAUAAGACUCGUCCACAUAGACCCCCUUGCUUUUUUAAAGGCCCCGCGACAAGUAAUGGAAUAUAUCCAUUAAAGGCAAAUUAAUGUGUCUUUGUUGGGGGUUUAGGGUUGGUGAUAGUUGUUUCACAAAUGAUGAUCAAAGUCUCUCUAAUAGGGGCAAAACGCAAAUAUACCAAAUGUAUAUAUUAAAGGCUUGCUUAAUGUUGUCGCCGUUCGUUUGCUUUGUAUCUGAACCAGUGACACUGUUGUCCGUUCCGUAUUACCGUACUUGGUCCAAUAAAAACAUUAACACGGAAGCCAUCAAUUGUAUUUGAUUGAAUGACACAUGUUUGUAUUGGACUGGGUGAGAAAUGGCUUCAGGUGUGGGGUGCAGGCUGGGGGGGGGGGUGGGGAUUGGUGGGCAGCGGCAAUAAUAACAAGGAACGGAUUCUAGUCAAACAUGCGUGCAGUGGCGGACCUUUAGAAAAAAAAAAUAAUUACAAAAAGGCAGGAUGUAUUACCGGAAACACUCUUAUGCCAAGACAUGAAUUCUGCUGUAUUUUUUAUACACAACAUACACGGCAUCCAUAAUUAAUUUGUUCAUGAGUUCCAACGCUAGAUAAGCAGCCAAUAUAUUUAUUUAUUUAUGUUUUAAAAUUUAUUAUAAAUCGGCGAAAUGAAUUUAAAAAAUUAACAGCUUUUUUAAAUGUGUAUAAUCCAUAAACUGAGAUGAAUCCUUCAGGUUGAAUGUAUUGCCCCUAACAACCUGAACUUUUGUUACGCAGCAACCAUUUCACAUUUCCGUUCUAUCUAUUUUUUUAUUAUUCAUAUAAAUUGGAAAAGAUAAAGCUUUACAGAAAACGAGAGAUAAAAAGAGAGAGAGAGAGAGAGAGAGAGAGAGAGAAGGGGCGGAUAGAGAGAGAGAGAGAGAGAAGGGGCGGAUAGAGAGAGAGAGAGAGAGAGAGAGGGGGCGGAUAGAGAGAGAGAGAGAGAGAGAGAGAGAGAGAGAAGGGGCGGAUAGAAAGAGAGAGAGAGAGAAGGGGGCGGAUAGAACGAGAGAGAGAGAAGGGGCGGAUAGAAAGAGAGAGAGAGAGAAGGGGGCGGAUAGAACGAGAGAGAGAGAAGGGGGCGGAUAGAAAGAGAGAGAGAGAGACUGAUAGAGAGAAAGAAACGAAAAGAGAGAGAGAGAGAGAGACGGAUAGAAAGAGAGACGGAUGGAGAGAGAGAUGGAUAGAGAGACAGUGAGUGGGAGAGAGAGGAGAGUGGGAUUGAGAAUGAAAGAAAGAUAGAGAGGGAAAGAGAGAUUAACUGAGAAUUGCAUACACAAUGCGAAAAAUUAAACAAAUCCUAAGCCUCAAUCUUCAUGAAUCCCACUGCGCGGAAAGUAAACCAAAUUGUGGAGUAACACCAUAACUACGUCUUGUUAAUCCUGGAUCGUUAAAUAAUGAUAAGGGCUUACAGCUGAACUCUGGUAAAUAGUUUUGUCUCUUAGGAAGUGAGAAAGAAUCAAUACGGCAUGUCUUUGUUUAGCAUUGUUUAUACAUCCUCGUCUUACGUUGUUAUGGAAUGGGUGAAUAUAAUUCAAUUCAUGCGUCGAAGAAAAAAAAAAUCGAGUUUUGACUCUCGACAUUUGUUAAUGUUUUUGCGGUGAUAUGUGAAAGGAGCUUUAUGGAUAUGACAAAAGUGAAUGAUGAAUUUUAAACAUGAAACCUUAUUUUGUGUGUGUGUUUAUUUGUAUAUAUUGCAUGGACAGGACUUAGUUGGGGAUUAAUAAAAUAUUAAUGUUGACAUAUCGACAGGAAAAGUUAACUCUGGUAUCUGGAAACAAACCAAUCUAUAAUAAUACUGAUAGUAAAUAGAAAAGGUAUUGUGUCACGCUUUAUUCACUUCUGUUUGCCAUUGUCGUGGUGCAUUAUGCUGGAGAGAACAGGUGAGAAACCACCUUCAGAGAAGGCUAAAUAAUUAUAGGCCAAUUUAUAAAAUCAGUUUCAAACAUGAGUAAAAAGUAAACAAUAUUUCAACUUUCUAUUAUAAUUACAUACCCUUAAGUAUUUUUUUUUACACCUGAGUUCUUUUUACUCUGUCGUAUAUUGACAGUUAACUUUGCCUAAACCACAACAUAAAAUCUGCAGCAAUCGUAUAACAAAGUUGCUAUCUUCAUGAACUUUAGACAUAUAACAACAUAUAAUGUAAGAAACGAACUGAUGGAAUUAAUUCCGUUGACUCCUAGUAGACGUAGACAUGUUUCGUCCAUCACAACCCGGUCAUUUUCCCUGUAAAAAGUAAUUUAAAAAUGUGAAAUGUUAUAAACGUUUGGUUUUCUGAUACCAAAUUAUUUAUCGAUCAAAAUAUUCACUAAUAGUAAGAGCAAUUUAAUUAUCGAUCCAUAUAUUCACUAUAUAAUGGUGUGUUCCUUAUUGUUUCUGAGACAAAAUUGACGUCUAUUUUUUUUUAAAUAUAUAAUUUUUCUUUGUGUAGAGGUCAGUCCCUAUCAUCCCAACAAUUUUCACCAAUGCUUGUAAAUUGUGAAAGCCUUGUGGACUAUCUGUCAGUACCGUGAUCCACCAUUUAUCUCCCUUUACGUCUUACGGAUUCUCUCGUUUAAUUGUGUUACAUCAGGGGCCAUAAAUUGCACAAUCUGCCGACCCACUUGGUUUGAAACUGUUGCUCUUCCCUCCAAUCGAGCCCCGUUUGUUUACAUAGAAAUACCUGUGCGGGAUCUCCAUUCUGUUUCAUAACAUGUUAAGUUGAUUGAUUUGGAUGGAUUUAAUUACAUAUACAUUAAGUAUCUUUGCCGUAUAUUUUAAAGACCUAAAAGGAAUGGUAUUACGGACUCCCAUCUGGUUUGCAGCAUCAACAUUACUUCAAAAAUAAAUUUCUUCCUAUCAGCUAUUUUUUUAAACAAGUAUCUCAUUUGGAGCAUUAAGUUUAACGCUAUUCAAAGGUUUUACCCGUUUCGUAUUUCAUUUAACAUACUGAUAUAGAAUUAAUAUGUAAUUAACGCGUGUAUUCAAGCAACACACUUUCUAUUUCUUGGGUACUUAACAAAAAGGCCAAUGUUAAAUGGUGUGCAGAUUUUUUUUCCCGUUCUUUGUUAAUAUGAAUGGAAGUUGCGAGAAGAAAUUAAAUAACAGUAGGUUUAGUGCGAUGACAUGAAAAGGGAUUCUCCAAAUCUGGAUAACAAUCAAAUGUUUGGUGUUUACAUAAAGAUUGGUCUUGAAGAAUAAAUGAGUGAGAAUUAAAUUCCAUGUUGUUUUUUUCCUUAAUUGAAAUCAUUUGUCAAUUAAUUGGCUGAACUUUUAGGCUACUGGAGGGUGUAAAAAAAUAAAUGAUCACUCAAAUUGGUUUGAUUUUCGUUUGAUCCAUUCUGUCUGGAUAAAGUAGACACGAUGCUUGCGUAACGCCAAAAGUGGCUACUUUAAAGAGAAAAAAACAACCUUUCAUUCUCCUUGACUUUACUCUCCAAUUAAAUAGUAAUUAAUAAUGCAUCACUGGUUUGAAUGAACCUAGGGAGUUGAAGGGUGACGUAGAACCUUACAUGUAGCAAGAACCCUUUAUCUCUUGUCUGUUGAGUUAGAGUGAACCCCGUCCAUUCUUUGUUGCACAUAGUUGUACUAUUAGUACCGUCACACGGAUAGUUGUACUAUUAGUACAGUCACACACAUAGUUGUACUACUAAUACAGUCACACAAUAAGUUUGAUUAUUGUACAGCUACUCAUAGUUAGUGGCGCAGGAAGGGGGUGGCACUUUUUUCUUUAUAUCUAGGGGUGGUACUUUCGACCAACUGCAUAAUUUGUUUUGUGGAAGAUCGCAGCAAAAAGUCUUUGCCCACAACGGUGACACUAACCUUAACUACGUCACUUCUCGCAGUGUCAUAAAUAGACUUGCAUUCCGCCCCUCGCGUGACUCCAUGUGAACUGAGCUACAGGCUGAGAGUUUCGUUUGAGAAUCCUUUUUUUUUAAUUAUUUAAACAUUUCUCGAUUCGGUCUUGUUACUCAUAGACGCCCCGCUCCCAUACAGGGGCACCCCCUUCACAUCUAUAGCCUAAUGACCCCCAUUCUUUUGCAGGAAGGAGUACCUUGAAGGGCCGUAUUUCUGAAAUAAGUACGUUUCAGUCCAGGAAUAAUGACGAUACCUAAAUCCAUUCUCAUUGCGGCACGCCCAAAUUGUCAGUAUCUGUGAUGGCAACAAUCCCUAUCUGAAGCUUCGCGCCAACCAUUUCAGCGCCCGCAGUUAACUAUUUUGAGGUCCGCAAAAAGAGCCAGUGGUGGGUUACGAUUGAGGAUCACUGAUGUUUUACUAAAUUCUACACGUUGUACUGUUAUCUCCGUCCCUAUUAAACUGGAUUGUAAACAUGUUUGUCAUGACUCGUUUGGGCGUGGUAUCGAUCGUCAUAAGCUAAUCUACCGAACCCGGAAAAUCAAAAUAGCAUCGAUCUGUCUGGAGCCGAGAAGUGCAUAGGUUGCGGUGCGAUUCGGUCUUUGAGUUGAAUACCUUCCUUCUAAUCCUUGUUUAUAGACCCUUAAACCCCACCUCCACCCCACCCCACCCCGGGUACCCUGAAAAUAACUAUAACAAACUUCUCUACCAGGAUUAGAUUCUUUUUCGAAAAAUAUAUUUUAUAUUUUAUAAAUUUAAUAACAAUUUUUAAAAAAUCCUAUAUUUAACCAUCCUGCCAUUUUUGUACUUUUUCUUCUAAGUCUCCUUUAUUCUUGUUUCUUUUUUUUUUUUUUUUUUUUUUGUUUUUUAUUUUUUUUUUUUUUGGGCCUUUUUUUUUUUUUGUUUUUUUUUUUUUUUUUUUUUGCGUUGCAUUGAACUUUAUUUAUAGGUGGGCCUUUUCUUGUAUUUUGUAACCCUUCCAAAUAUGUCGCCUGUUAUUAUUUGUACCCUGGACUUAUACAUGAGACACAUACAUUUCUGUAUAAUUUUUUUUUUUCAAGCCGUUAGUACUUUUUACAAACGACAACAUGCCUUAUAAAUCCAAUGAACUGUUAAGACAGGAGGAACGGGAUUCCCCCAAAGUUGUUUUUUAAAAACAUUUGCAAAUAAUUUUUUUUUUUUUUUUAUUUUUUUUGCUUUGCAUUGAACUUUAUUUAUAGGUGGGCCUUUUCUUGUAUUUUGUAACCCUUCCAAAUAUGUCGCCUGUUAUUAUUUGUUCUUUUUUUUUAUACAUGAGACACAUACAUUUCUGUAUAAUUUUUUUUUUUCAAGCCGUUAGUACUUUUAACAAACGACAACAUGCCUUAUAAAUCCAAUGAACUGUUAAGACAGGAGGAACGGGAUUCCCCCAAAGUUGUUUUUUAAAAACAUUUGCAAAUAAUAAUAAUAAUGUACUUUGUUUACUUUCAGAUUUGACCCCACGACCUUCAGGGCGGCGAGGGUCGCUACCGCAGCUCGCUGGAGAUAACACCACACUGAAAUCUCUCGGCGCGCCCCAUUCUCCCAGAAGUCGGCGGCGCCUCAGCAUUUCGUCCAUCCCCUCCACCCCGCGCGACGGGCACCACGCGAGCAACAGCCUCAACGUCACAGAGCAUCAGAGGGCCACCAGAAGGAGAAGCAUACCCAAUCUCUCCACCUCCCCGGGCGACCACACGCAAUCAAUCAAGAGCGAUAGAAACAACGAUGGCUGUCUCGGUGCUGGGAAAAAUAAAACGAUCCGUGAACAAAAUGAACUGACCAGUGGUGUCGGCACGAACAAACAGACUCUUCCGAAAAUUGAAGUUACCAAAGAGGCAGAUAGCUCUCCGGUUAGAAGAAAGAGUGCCACGGCCAAAUUCGUCCAUAAGGAAGACGGCGGAGUCGAUGUCAACGAUGAGAUUUCAGAGGCGGAGAGUCGUCAUUUGAUGGGGGCAGCGAAGGGGAGAAGAACCCGACGAUCGUCCGAGCCCGCGAUCGGUGUGCAGUUCCUUCAUCCCGGGCAAGUGAACGGAUGUGAAGCGCGGAUGCACAACAGCGGGGACAAGGGAGAGUUCAGGCAGGCGAUACACCAUCUGCCGUCAAACAUGGUGGCCGAGGAGGACGAGGAAGCGGGCGACCACGGGGGCAACUGCUCGGACGAAACAAUCAAAGCUCAGCGAGCGGAUACGGAGGCCGUUCCGAAGGCUGCUCUGAACGCUGGGAAGACGAUGAAGAAGAAAACAAGCACUGCUAAGGGAAAAGACGAGUCGAGUCCCAAGGCUGGAAACACCAGGACCGUGGGAUCCCCGGGUCAAGGUUACUCGCGACAGAGGCGAAAAUCAGAGGGCGAUAUUCUGAGGUUUGCCCAGAUCUGGACGCGGCAACAGGAAGAUUUGAGAAAUGGUCGGGUCAAAGGUCAAGGGGCGAAACACGGGUACAGUCUGGGGGUCAGAGAUAGCAGCGACGACGUCUGGGAUUCCGUGAGGAAAUGCAGGUACAUCCGGGGUUAUGACCCACCGGAAAUGAUAGAACCACCAGACCCCAACGAAUAUGUGUUUGGGCAUAAAUAAUCUUAUCGUGAGACGUAAGUCCGACGCAUACUUGGAACAUGAUGAAAACAGAGGCAUUGCAGAUGAUUUUUUUUUUUUUGUAUCUAGCACCUGUUGGCAAAGUAAAAUGUUUUGAAUUAUCAAUCUUUCGGCGUCUUUAAAUGUCUUAGAGUACUCUGUUGGGUGUUGAGCCCAAGAAGGCCCAGAGCCUACUCCGUGAUAACAUUUUGUAAUGACCAAUCAAAGACACGCCCAUUUCUAUACAUGCAUGACUGGAUGAGUCCUUAACUGGCAACUUAGUCUCUUACGAAAUGAAAUAUUGGUUGUAAAUACAUUAGUUCCAUAUAUUGAAGGUUUUUUUUUAAGUGUCGGACAAAGA